UACACACAAGUAAUUAAUCUUUAAUUAAGUUAUAAUUCUUACAGCUUGUGAAAAUUAUUUUAUUAAUUUUUUAAUUUUUAACCCAAGUACCAAACCACGAUCAAUAUGAAUUGUGGAAUGAAGUUUGUGAAAUAUUCUUUGUUUGCCUUCAAUCUUGUCUUCUUUAUAUUUGCGAUGGCUUUGAUUGGAGUUGGUGCAGCCGUGGAAAUCAAAUACAGAAGUCUUGUCACAGUUACUGGAAGCGCAAUAUCUGCUGCUCCAAUCCUACUUAUAUGCAUUGGGGUCUUCAUAUUCUUUGUUUCAUUCUUUGGUUGCUGUGGAGCCUACAAGGAGAAUUACUGCAUGGUAUCCACUUUUGCGAUCCUGAUGGCCCUCAUCUUCAUCCUUGAGGUUGGAGCCACUAUCUCCGCUUAUGUUCUUCGGGGGAAGAUCAAGAUGUAUUUGGAAAAAUCGUUCACAAAAUCAAUUGAAGAAUACAAGACCAGCACUAAAGGGGCGUUCAACUUUGUGCAGAAAACUUUCCAUUGUUGCGGAUCAACCAAUGAAUCGGACUGGAGUAGAAGCGUUGUGUUUCAACAAGAAGCAAACCAAACGAGAAUCAAACAUAAUAUUCCCCUCAAUGAAUCAGCCAGCUACUACGUCCCUGACAGUUGUUGCAAACAGAUGAUACCUCAGUGUGGAAUUAAAAGUAACAGAGUUCUCAAUAACAAGGGAUGUGUGGCAACCAUUGAAGCUUCUUUCAAGAAGAAUAUCGUCACAGUUGGUGGAAUAGGAUUGGCUGUUAUAUUUAUACAGAUCAUUGGCUUCAUAUUCUCAUGUAUGUUGAUGAGGACGAUCAAGUCUCAAUAUGAUGUUGUAUAGUAAGGUUUGAUCACCAACCAUAAAGUGCUUACUUUAGUGCAAUAUUGGUUUAUAUCAUGUUUGCUUUGGUGUUGUGUAGUUAGUAGUGCCUUAUAGUAUAUGCCAUCCUUUAUAUACACAUUGUUUCAUGUUAUUGGAUCAGGAUUUAUAACACAUGCUGCAUGAAUAUGAGUGAAUAUGCUGCAAAGUGAAUUUCUAAUCAUUUUUGAAUAUCCAAAGUCGCUGCCAAUUCCAGUUGCAUUUUAAUCAACUUUGUUUAUUGGUUUCUCUACUCAGAAUUAGAAUAAACUUUGGGGUAAAAUCAAA